UCCCUAUUUCUGUUCAUAGAUCUGAUAAACACAGCUGCAAAUAUUUGUUCGUUAUUGUUGUUGCUUUGUUAAUUGUGGAAUUGUAAUUCAUUGAAGAAUCGAAUCGGAGAAAAUGGAAGUUGAACUUAAAUUCAAUGCGUAAAAGCAGUGUGGUGUGAUUCCUCCCGAGGCAAUGUAUAUCCGUGUCAAGCGCAGUAGGACAACCUACUUUAUUCAGUGUGAACCAACUGAGACAAUUUUACAAAUCAAGGAGAAAUUGCGGGUUCUUAUAGAUCAACCUGUAAAUGAUCAGCGCCUGAUUCUAUUGGAAACUAGGGAGGUUUUGGAUGACACAAAGUCAUUGGCGGAUCAGAAGGUUGAGAAUGAUGCUGUAGUGGCACUGACUCUGAAACAAGAUGAUAAUAACGAUUUUGAGGACGUGAAUGUGGUGAGACCGGAUGAUUUUUACCAAUCCCGCGAUCCAGACAGCAGCACCAAUUGGUGAUUCUGGGAUUUACUGGCUACUAUCGUUGCUUUGACAUAAACAUCUGUAUGCUUUGUACACAUUGAGUUGAAAUAGAACUAUAGAAGUACUACUUUCUUUAACCCAUUUGUGGAUAAAUUGUACUGUACCAUUUUAAAAUUUUGCCUUUAGUUUAUCUUAUUCUUUCCUUA